CAUCAGCUGUUGCAGGGAUCACUCAAGGCAGCCCGUAAGACGGGUUGGGGUGUCAUUUUCUGACGCCGUAUCGGGCUCGCGGCAUCGUGAUUCGACGGCGAUGGUAUCAUAGACAUGCGGCACGCCCUCCUCGAGGGGGCUUAGCUGUGAGUCCGACCCCUAUUGGCCGGCGUAGGCGAAUGAUGUCGCAGUGAGAAAGCCGCCCCAAUAUGCGUGAUGCACGGAAUCGCUCCCGACAUUAGCCCAAUUGUUGCCCGCCGCGUUGAUUCUUGAUUAUAUCCCCCCGAUCAGAUUGUCGCUUCCGUGGAUAGCCUGCAUCAUCGCUUACACUGGCCAGGGCAGAGUCCAGGGGGGUGUAGUCGACGGGGACAUAGUGGAGAGGGUUGAAGAGGGGAGAGCAACAUUCUUCUGCAGCUUACAGACAUGUCCUCUGCAAAGAAGUCGAAGGGGUGCGUGAGACGCCAUCAUGGGCGUCGCGCUGGCGGGAUAAUACCCAGUGAGGCUCUACGGUAGGCAGAUAGCAUGAUGUCCUCGAGGAGAAUAUAUUGCACAAUGGCGCCGUGAUUGGAUCUUGAAUCGUAUCCCUUUCCCCAUUGAUUCGCAUUUCCAAGGGCCUUACUGCUUUCGUUGGUUCGCAGAAACCCGUGCCAUGGCGGCUUUCCAGGUGGGCUUCUACACCACUGUCAUCCUCGCCGCGUUGAAAGUUACCCUGAUCGCGGUCGAGAUCAUGCUGCACGUUCCUUUCCUUGUAAAAUGCUACGAGUUUCUCAUCUCGUUCCCGGGCCGCUUCAAGUUUAUUUUAGUAUACUCUCUUCUCAAGCCCCUGGCCUUCCUUUUCCCCUCGUUGAACUGGGUCCCGCCCGAUCCUGACGGGGGUCCCGCCUCUUUACUACGGUCAUUCGGAUACGUCUCCGCGUUCUUUGCUCUAGUCCUCGGCGGCGUCUCCUUCGUGGGGCUCGGCGCGAAGGAAUCCGACGAGCCCGGCCAGUGUGAGAACGCGGACGCGGACAUCGUGGGAGACGGCGUCCGCGCGGCUGCUUGGAUGCAGGUGGGCAUACUAUUUCUGAUAACCUUCACCGGGAUCUGGCACCCCCGGGAGACGGCAGUUAAGGAGAUCGGCGGCGGCUUGAUUAUAACUCACGUGUCGCUGGCGAUCGCCCUCCUGGUGCCCUGGGCGCGUCGGGAGCUGUCUCCCAUCGACGCAAUUCUCGGCGCUAUAAUCCUCGACGCGCAGGGCAGUUCCCUUUCUAUACACCUCGUGACGAAGGAGACCCUCGCAGCUCGUUGGCAAGUGGGAAUAAGUCUGCUCGCCCAGCUGCUCGGCCUCGCCAUAGAGGGCAUUCUCGUCGGCAGCUUUACCUCGGGCCUACUUCCCUCACAAGAUUGCGAUUGCUUCUCGGUCUUCUGGUGGGCGUGGUUCAGCAACUGUCUGGAUGACUCGCCCCCGAACGAUAUCAGGCCUUACUGGAUCUACUUCGCGUACCGGUUCCUCAACAUCGCUCACGGCUCCUACUUCGCCGUCAUACGUGCCGAAACCUAUCACCAGGCCGAGCGAUGGGAUAUCGAGAAUCCGUGCAACCCCGUGGACUUCAGAAAGUGUCAAACCUGCUACGAGUGUAGCUACUGCCGCAUUUGCAAGAGGAAAGCCGGCUGCGAUUUACACGGACAACUUCAGACACCAUUACCGAUCCCCGGCCAAGACAAGGAUGUGUGUCCAACUUGCAAAGGAUGCAUAAAAUGCGGAUACGACUUUGGAGGGAGGCCGACAGGCACCGAGUGCUGCGUCGCUUGCCACUUGUGUAAGGGAUGCGGCCACCACAUCAGCGACCGACAAACUAUGAUGCUCUACGGAGAGCGGUUUUCCGAAUCCUUUGUGACCGUGAGCGUCAACUUCCUCGAAAACAGCGUCCUGGCGAUGCUCAGCAUGAUCUCGGCCGAGGUCACGAUGGCUAUCAACCAGGUGCACAAGACGUCUCCGUUAUACUCCGUCGGGCAGCUAACGGCUCUCACCGUUGCUGGUGGGACGGUGAUUCGGGCGCUGUGGUACUUCAUCUUCAUGUUCUACAAGGGAACUCGCUAGAAGUGCCUUUGCGGGAUUAUAGAUAAUAAAGGGGGAUCUGGCGUUUAAGAUGCGUAGCGGAAUUAGAAAUUCUGACGCGUUUCUAUUUAUACCCGACAUGACCAGUCGCUAUAUAUCGAUAUAGCUACGUAUCAGGAAAGGCUUAAAAAGGCCUCUUGGUGAAGAGAGGAUUUGGGUCCCGUGGUUAGGGCUAGGUCAUCAGUACCUACGUUGUCUACGGGGAAUAUCAAGGAAUGCAGUAGACGGAAGCACGCGACGAAUUGCUCCCUUCUCCUGGAAAUACAGAGCAAAGGAAUUUCCAAGCGGAGGGGGUAGUACCCGCGGCAGACUUCUGAGAGAUGACUGGCGUCAUGUGAGGCGUGAAUGCCCUGUUACAAGCGCAUGUGUAUGCAUAGUUACCGCUACGAUAGAACACGAGGCUUAGUACGCCAGAUUGGCGGUGAGCGAGUCGAGAGACUGGGGCGCUGUCGAGCCCGCCGCUUGCCAAAGGAAAAUUACA